AAAUUUAGCUCGUUACAAGAUGGCCGCCAUUGGAUGGCCGCUCCGCCAAAACCCGCUCGCGGGCCCCGAUGUGUCAUCGUUGGAACGCGAGGGCAUGUUGUGAGCCGGCGUCUGUGCGCGGCUGGGCCCUCCGGCUGCUUCCGGCGAGGUUCCAUUUCAUAAAAUGGAAUUUCGCUCGAGGCGCCAAAAUAUGAUGGGUGUUGACACAUCUCGAACUCCAAAACCGUACCGUUAUUCAGACGACGGGCUUACUAAAUAAUCGUCGACGAAGAUGAGCGAGCCGGACGACGUGGGGAAAGAAGUGUGGAAGCGAUGGAUACUCGAGGCUAUUCACAAGAUACGGUCACAGAAACAGCGGCCGAGCGUAGAGCGCAUCUGUCACGCUAUCAGACAGCAUCACAAUUAUCACGAGGACGUGGUCUCCGAGCGACUGGAGCGGGCAGUGCGGGAGGGGGCCGUGCUCAAAGUGUAUAAUAAGGGGCAGAGUUCUUACAAGGAUCCUGGGGGACUGCAGAGCAAGGUUCUUCGGUUAUCGCCUGAUUGUGAUGUAUCGCGGGCAGUGGCUAAGGCAGUGCGCGAGUUGGGGGAGAGGGAUGGCUCCACUUUGAGAACUAUUGAAAAGCAUUUGCGGCAAGCAUACCAAGUGACUGUUGAACCGGACGUAGACGUGCGGACUUUAUUACGUGCAGGUGCGAAGCGUGCGGUGGCACGGGGUCUCUUGAUCAAUCACGCGGGAGCUUACAAGGCCACAGAUAGACCCCUCACUAGUACAGGAGAAAGGACCCCAAAGAAAAAGCUUUCACAGGACCAAGCAGAAAAGAAGCAUAGUCAAGGAGGAGUUCCGGUGUGCACCGAGUGUUUGGGCACCGAUGUGAGAAACCGUCAGGGUGUGGCUGAGGCUCUCAUCUGCUGUAGCCAGUGUAAAUCUUAUGCACAUCCUAGUUGCUUAGAUCUCCUCGAACACCUCACGCAUUCUGUUAUAAAGGUAUGUUUGAUUUAA